AUGGUUGUCCAGUUCUGUGUAGACUGCGGAAACCUCCUCGAUGAGACACCAAAAGACCAUGUCACCUGCGAGCUCUGUGGGAAAGUGGCCAAGAAUGAAAUGCUUUCUCACGUCCAAACAUCUGUCUCCAAAGGCUUCCCCUCACAGCUACGAACCAAACUCACAUCCUACACGCAAAAGGUCACUGCAGAGACACUUGGUUCGGGUCCAAUCAUAAGAAUGGAGUGUCCCGAGUGCCCCUCGAAAGAGGUUACCUGGACUGAGGCCCAGUUACGAAGUGCUGAUGAAGGAAGUACAAUUUUCUAUCGAUGCAUAAAAUGCGGCCAUAGGACUCUACUUGAUGAGCUUUCUCGGCCGGGCCACCAGUAUCGGCGCGCAGCCAUUUGGAAUAAGAAUGUCCAGCGCAAGGGUCUACGAGGGGCUUCUCGACUGAAACCAGCCAUCCACAAACCCGAAGGCGUCACAUCCGCCGGCGUCCUUCGCGAUCUCCAAACACACUUCAACGACUCCACAACCUUCAAGCCCUGGAUCGAGCGCGAGCAAGACCGACGCGUCGCUGACCACAACUACCAACGCAACAAACACCGUCGCCGCUUCCGGAAACGACCAGAAGUGAAAAUCGGCCAUGGCGGUACGCUCGACCCGAUGGCGACGGGUGUGCUCGUUGCAGGUAUUGGCCAGGGAACGAAAUAUCUCCAGACGUUUCUGAAUUGUACAAAGACAUAUGAAACGGUAGUGACUUUUGGUGUUGCGUCGGAUACAUACGAUUGUACGGGAAAGACCGUGCGGCGUUCACCGUACGAGCACAUUACGCGGACAAUGGUGGAAGAAGCGUUGGCGCAGUUCCGGGGCAAGAUCAUGCAGCGGCCGCCUAUCUUUUCGGCCAAGAGGAUUGAUGGCAAGCGGUUGUAUGAGUAUGCGCGAGAGGGUAUUGAGCCGCCCGUGGAGAUCAAGUCUGUGCCCGUCGAGGUUUUUGAUUUGCAGUUGCUCGAAUGGUAUGAACCAGACUCGCAUGAGUAUAAAUGGCCACAGGAGGAGAUGACGGGCCCCGAGAGACAGCUUGCAGAGAAGUUACUGGACAAGGAUGCUGCCAUCCCUGUGGCGUCGACGGAAGAGGCAGAGGUUGUCGAGGCCGAGGCCGAGGCAGCAACAACAAAAUCACCACAAGCGAAACGAAAAGCUUCCCCUGUGCCGGAAAAAUCCGAAGUUAUUGACGAGCAAGGUACCGUCUCGGCGACGAAACGAGUCAAGACGGACGGCGAGGAACUCCAAUCCGCCACUACCACCGAGACCCAGACCCAAACGGCAGAGACAGUUCCUGAAGAAGUCAAAGAAUCCAAAGAAGAAGAAACAAAACCACAAGAAAUGCCAUCCCCCGGCCCAGCAGCCGCACGUAUCAGAAUGACCGUUUCCGGCGGAUUCUACGUUCGCUCACUGGCACACGAUCUAGGCAGGGCAGUCGGAAGCUAUGGAAUAAUGUGCUCCCUGGUGCGAACCCGGCAGGGCGAUUACACUUUGGAUGCCGAUAAGGUGAUCAACUACUCCGAACUCGAGGGCGGCGAGGACGUUUGGGGACCCAAGGUCCAACGGCUGCUGGCCGAGUGGCAGGAAAACAACAAGACCGAGGAGUGA